AUGUGCCCCGCCGAGUCUGGUUCUCUUGGCCUGGUCCUGCUUGCCCACACCGCCCGCUGCAUCAUCACGAUUUCCUUCUUCUGCAUCGAAUUGGCGUACGCCAACCUCCGCCUCUUUUCUCUUUGGUUUCAUUCUUGUUUUCUUGCGGCCACUCUCGUCUUCCACUCAUUCACUCAAUCGACCCUCAUCAUUGUCACCUCUUCAAAGUACGGCAUCGUCGCCUGGCAAGUGACUCUCACCGUCCUCUUGUGGGCAAUCCCCUAUCUCGUUUUCCUCAACUGUACCCUGUUCCUUGCGGCACUUGUCAUUCUAUUGGAAAAAUGCGAGACCGUCUAUCUGCAUCUUCGUUCCUCCCGCUUCGGAGCCGCAAUUCGCGAGUACCAAAGCAGACCACCUCGCGCCCGACUAUCUCAGGACCAGUUGGGCCCGUCCAGCGCAGCAACGGGCCGGACCUUGAGCGUGCCGAAGCAAUCACCGUUGUUUCCAGCAUCAACGACACCGAGAAGGAAUGUUCAGACAUCUCACCAUCGACUUCAGAGACAGAUUUGGGAAUUCAUCAUUCAGAUCUUGGCCCGAACCGACACAGCAGUCAUCUCAAGAGUUCCCAAGCAGUCAAAGGUUACGAAGCCCUCGAAGGCGUCAAUACUGGCCAUCGACCAUCCCAAGGAUCAUCCCAACCAUCUCUUCAGCAGCAAGGAGUCCUAUCCAGUCGCCAAAGCUACCAACCAUAUCUCAGUUCUGAAAGACAGGCUGCUGUCAAAAAUCGUCGAGUGUUGGGAGAGGUUUCCCACACCAACGCUGACAUUGCGCGCCCUUCAUCUCUCGAUGAAGCCGGCCUUGUGCAGUGCGGAGGAAUCCAGUCCCAAGAGAACCAGCCCUUGCUGCCUUCAGAAUCUGGAGCCCGGCACAGGGCGAGAUAUAAUGGAGCUCGACGACUCUCAGCCAGCUUCACCACAGGGGGACCUUUAUCCGCCUCACGAAUCGCUGUCGUCCGAAAAUACAAUAGUCGCGGGAGAGACGGUUGUUAGCUCCAGCGGGAGCAGCCCCAUACACGAAAUUUCUCAGCAGCAAUCUCGGCUGCACCCCAGACCCCCAAGCCGAGGCGGAAUAGAGAAGAAGCGACUCCCCAAGUCUCGCACUUUCACAUUGUUAUCGAACCUCACAGCCUCUCUCUCCAGGACAUCUCUGGCCAGCUUCACCGGAAGUGACCGCAUGGCCUCUCUGCAGACGACGGCGUCUCGCAAGACCAGCAGCUCUUCGACUCUUGCAACUCCCAUGCCUACCAGAACCCCUACACCCGUUACUCCUGAAGUCAACCCCCUCAUCAUUACGACGGCGCAGCCAUCAGCUUAUUGGUCGGGUCGUUUCAUGUCAUUACAGGAUCGUUUCCAAGGCGAAUCUCUCCAAGAGCAGACACUGUCGAUAUUUGUCACAGCCCAUGCCUCCAAGGCCAGUAUUCUUGCGCAACAGCGUGCUGCCUACCAAGGCCGUGGCAAUCUUCCCCUGAGCACGACCACAGCCCUCGAUCGCUACGGCACUGCCGCUAUCCAAGAAGCUAAGCGACUUUCGGACGAAGACAAUCGGAGUCUGCGCGUCUUCCUGCACCUCGAAGCACUCUGCGGUACACCCGAGGCUCAGAAAAGCUUACACGCCUGGCAGGAGGCAUAUGCCCGGAGGAUGGGACGGAGUGUACUUCUGCCUGAAGGCACAAACCCGGAUAAGGGAUUCGUUGCGCGGCUCUUUAGCGGAAGCGGAAGACGGAGUUUCGGCGGCCCCCAGGUAGGAAAGGAGACUGGCAAGGGCAAGCAGUCGAGUGCCAUGCGAGCAAGUAUUAUGUGA